UUUUUUCCUAAAAAUUUUGUUGUUUAUAAAGUAAAUGAAAAAGAAUUGCCGCUUAAUAUCCUAAAAACAUGGUAAAUGCAGAAGAACAACAAUAUCUCAAUUUAGUACAACAUAUUAUUAACCAUGGGGAAGACCGCCCUGAUAGGACAGGAACAGGGACUCUAUCUAUUUUUGCACCGUCUCCACUAAAGUUUUCCCUUCGAAAUAAAACUUUACCACUUUUAACAACCAAACGAGUUUUUAUACGUGGAGUAAUUGAAGAAUUGCUUUGGUUUAUUCGCGGAGAAACAGAUUCUUUAAAACUUAAAGAGAAAAAUAUUCAUAUAUGGGAUGCAAAUGGAUCACGAGAGUACCUUGACUCAAUUGGAUUGACCAAACGCCAGGAAGGUGAUCUUGGCCCCAUUUAUGGAUUUCAAUGGAGGCAUUUUGGUGCAGAAUAUAUCGAUUGCAAAACCAAUUAUAUAGGACAAGGUGUUGAUCAAUUAGCCAAUAUUAUUCAAAAAAUACGAACAUCACCAUAUGAUCGCCGACUCAUACUUUCAGCAUGGAAUCCUUCAGAUUUAGAAAAAAUGGCAUUGCCUCCGUGCCACAUCUUUUGUCAAUUUUAUGUUCAUAUACCAUCGAAUAGCCACCGACCUGAACUCUCAUGUCAACUAUAUCAACGUUCUUGUGACAUGGGGCUAGGCGUUCCCUUUAAUAUUGCAUCAUACGCUUUACUAACAUGUAUGAUUGCACAUGUUUGUAGUCUUGAUCCAGGUGAUUUUAUCCAUGUCAUGGGUGAUUGUCAUAUUUACAAAAACCACAUUGCAGCACUACAGCAACAACUUACACGCUCACCACGACCUUUUCCUACUCUUUCUUUAAAUCGUUCAAUCACUAACAUUGAAGAUUUUACAUUAGACGAUUUUAUUAUUCAAAACUAUCAUCCAUAUGAAACCAUAAAAAUGAAAAUGUCCGUUUGA